AGAAAAAAAAAAAGUAUCACUCCACGAAACGAAGAAGAAGCGCUCGAGCGCAGGUGCGUGCGAUCUUCUUCACUAUAGACGAUCUUCGUACGUCCGAUGACGUCACGGCGCCGCGGCUCCAGCUGGAGGUAAAAGCCAAAAGCGAAGACCGAAGUCAAGGUCUCGUCCGUCGUGGAAGUGCCGCGCGCGUCCCAAGCCUUCUUGGGAGGCCCCGAAGCGCCCCCCCCCCUGCCCCCCCCCCUCGCCGGCCGAUCAAGGACGGAUCGGGAUCAGGUCAUCUCCCGUUGACGAGCCCUCGUCUCGCUCACCUGGCGCGACAUGUGACAAGCCGCCAGUCAUACCGGGCUCCUCCUCCUUUGACCCUAAGCCAAUCGAGGCGCCAUCUGGAGACCCGCCAUGCACGUCAAGCCGCUGCGCUCCGAGCUGUGCGUGGAUUUGUCGGGAUUUCGCACGCCGCCCCGGGCCGUCAGCGGUGGCGGGCGGCGCCCCCUCAGCGCCAUCGCCGGCAACACGCUGAGGGGGCGGGCCGCCCCCCCGCCGCUCUCGCUUUGUCCGGCCAAAGACGAUCCCGCCGCCUUCCUGGACAUGUGCGCCGUCAUCAAGCCGGGCCACGUCCGCGAGAAGAUCGCCCUCUUCGCUCCGGACCCCGGCUCCGUCCGUGCCGGCCGCGCCCCCUCGACCCGGGCCGGGAAGGUGAAGAGCAGCCGUCGGGAAAAUGGCGACGCCAAGCGACGGCGGAGGUCCGCGGGUCACAAAAACCUCCGGCGGGAUCCCGGCGCCCUGCCGGGAAACGGGCCGCCCGCCGGCGCCUCCGACCAGAGUUUGACGGAGGGGGCGGAGCACCAGGUGUCUGUGGGCGCCAUGGUGGCGUUCCUGGAGCAGCGCCGCCGCAGCGGCGCGCGCCACGCCAGGCUGGCCAUGGCCAGAAUGCCGCCCCUGCCGGAGGACCCGGAGAGCGUGCGCGUGUCGGACGUGGUCGCCAAGCUGGAGUGUUUGCAGCGUCGCGACGAGGGGGGCUCGUUCACAAGACCGAGGAGGUGGGUGGGCCGCCUCCUGCUGACCGCCGGUCCCGCUCUGUCCCCUCUGCCCUCGCCAUCCGCUGACACUCGGUGCGACGACCCGACCGAACGCUCCCCGUCGCCCCCUCCGGGUGGCGCCGCGGCUCCGGAGACGCCGCCCUCGCUCGGGGAGACCGAGCCCCCUCCCGGGUUGUUGUUUCUCUCCGCGCCCUCGCCGCCGUCUCCUCGCAUCCGCUCGUACGAGUCGGAGGCGGAGCAGGCGGAGGCGGCCGAUGACUUUGCGGAGAUGAGGCGGCGGUUGCGCGAGCUGCUGGAGCCGCCGCCCACUCUGGCGACGCUGCCGCAGGACGUGCUGGUGGGCGUUUUCGUGCUGUUGCCCACCCGCACCCUGGCGGCCCUCAAGUGCACGUGCCGCUACUUCAAGUCGGUCAUCGAGAACUACGGCGUGCGGCCCGCCGACUCCCUGUGGGUGUCGGACCCCCGCUACCGCGACGACCCCUGCAAGAAGUGCAAGCGGCGCUACGGGCGCGGCGACGUGUCGCUGUGCCGCUGGCACCACAAGCCGUACUGCCAGGCGCUGCCGUUCGGGCCCGGCUUCUGGCUGUGCUGCCACCGCCUGCGCAGGGACGCCCCCGGCUGCAACGUGGGGCUCCACGACAACCGCUGGGUGCCCGCCUGUUGCGCCGUCGGCGUCGCGGUCUGCCGCAGGAGCGCAGACGACUGAGCUGCGCGGCAACGUUUUUAGCCCCCCCCCCC